AGCGGCUCGGGGAGGUCACGUGAGGGUGGGCGGUGGACGUGGAGGCUGGCUCUCCGUCUCUAUGGUCGUCGGAGGCGGGCUGCGUUCCGCGAGUCGCUCUGUGCUGAAGCCCGAGCGCGGACGGGAUGUUUCGUCUUAAUGCCCUUUCUGCACUGGCGGAACUGGCGGUAGGCUCUCGAUGGUACCAUGGAGUGUCACAGCCCACCCAGACCAAGCGGAGACUGAUGAUGGUGGCUUUCCUGGGAGCUUCUGCAGUGACUGCAAGUACUGGGCUCUUAUGGAAGAGGGCUCAUGCAGAAUCUCCACCAUGUGUGAACAACAUAAAAACUGACACCGGUGAUAAAGGGAAGAGUAAAGAAGGAGGAGAAGUUUCUAACCAGGAAAAAAAAGCUGCAGAUGCUUGUGCCGAGCCUUACCCAGAGGAAAAAAAGAAGAAACGUUCUGGAUUCAGAGACAGAAAAGUGAUGGAAUAUGAGAACAGGAUUCGAGCCUACUCCACACCAGACAAAAUCUUCCGGUAUUUUGCCACCUUGAAAGUAAUCAACGAGCCUGGUGAGACUGAAGUGUUUAUGACUCCACAAGACUUCGUACGCUCUAUAACACCCAAUGAAAAGCAACCAGAACACUUGGGCCUGGACCAAUAUAUAAUAAAACGUUUUGACGGCAAGACAGAGAAAAUUUCCCAGGAACGAGAAAAAUUUGCUGAUGAAGGGAGUAUAUUUUACACCCUUGGAGAGUGUGGACUCAUAUCCUUUUCAGACUACAUUUUUCUUACAACUGUUCUUUCCACUCCUCAGAGAAAUUUUGAAAUUGCUUUCAAGAUGUUUGACUUGAAUGGAGAUGGAGAAGUAGACAUGGAAGAGUUUGAACAGGUUCAGAGCAUCAUUCGCUCCCAAACCAGCAUGGGCAUGCGUCACAGAGAUCGGUCCACUACUGGAAACACCCUGAAGUCUGGCUUGUGUUCAGCCCUCACAACCUACUUUUUUGGAGCUGAUCUCAAGGGGAAACUGACCAUCAAAAACUUCCUGGAAUUUCAACGUAAACUUCAGCAUGAUGUUCUGAAGCUGGAGUUUGAACGCCACGACCCUGUGGCUGGGAGGAUCACUGAGAGGCAGUUUGGCGGCAUGCUGCUGGCCUACAGCGGAGUGCAGUCCAAGAAGCUGACGGCCAUGCAGAAGCAGCUCAAGAAACACUUCAAGGAUGGGAAGGGCCUGACGUUUCAGGAGGUGGAGAACUUCUUUACCUUCCUAAAGAACAUUAACGACGUGGACACUGCAUUGAGCUUUUACCAUAUGGCUGGAGCAUCUCUUGAUAAAGUGACCAUGCAGCAGGUGGCCCGGACAGUGGCCAAAGUGGAGCUGUCAGACCACGUGUGCGAUGUGGUGUUUGCACUCUUUGACUGUGACGGGAACGGGGAGCUGAGCAACAAGGAGUUUGUCUCCAUCAUGAAGCAGCGACUGAUGCGAGGCCUGGAGAAGCCCAAAGACAUGGGCUUCACCCGCCUCAUGCAGGCCAUGUGGAAGUGCGCACAGGAAACUGCCUGGGACUUCGCUUUGCCCAAACAGUAACUCAGACUGCAAGAGGGGCCACCUCCUGCACCCCAAGCACCCGGACCCUCUGGAGUGGCCUCAGCAUAGCCCUGUGUGCUGCCGCUGCUGCUGGGAGCCAUGAUUCCUUCCUCCUGGAAUGACCCUGGAUUUGUCCGGCUUCCUUCUCCAAGUCUCCAACCACCAGCCCCAAAGGUCUUACAAGCUCCGACCCUGACUCCCUCGGCAGCACAACCUACCCAUGCCCGCGGUGGGCAAAGGACGCAGGGAACCAGCCAGGGCAGGAAGCCUGCACUCCUCCAGCUGCUCUUGCUUUGGGUUUAUAUCAAGAUCCCCCCCCCACCAUCCUCCUGCUGUGUAUAAGCUGCAAGUUUGGAAAAUCUCUGGCGGGCAAGAGGAAGUGUGUGAUGAAUGAUAAUGAAGAUGGCCUGGGCACCCUGAGCUGGCAGGCAGCCUGGCCAGAGGAAGGAUCUGUGUCAGACAUGAGGGUGGCUCCAGCAAGAAGCAGAGCAGAAUUCCAAAUAUAAAGUAGCUGCCUCAUGGUCCUCCCCGCUCCUCGAGGGCUCCUCCCGAGACGCCUCCACCAGGACCGUGCUGAGGCAGCAGCAGUAGCGCCGCAACGGCCGUCCCUCCUCUGGCCAGGAGCCUGCCUGCGCUCUGUCUUAAACACCUGCACAAUAUCACUUCCAUUGUAAGUUUGCAGUAAACAUCCCCAAAGGCUCCUGA